AGUAGCCGAAUCUACCAUCCACCGCCAGAUCUAUCCUAUCCAUUGAUAUCUCUAUUUGCUUAGCCAUUUUUUCCUCCAAAAAACUGAGAGCCCUACCUCCUACCUCUGCGAGAGCUUCUCCCAAACCCUCGCCGAUCUCUCCGGUGCCAGAAAAGGUUCAUCAUAAACUAUGGCCGAAACUGAGGACAUCCAACCCCUUGUUGUUGAUAAUGGCACUGGCAUGGUGAAGGCUGGGUUUGCUGGAGAUGAUGCUCCCAGGGCUGUAUUCCCAAGUAUUGUCGGCCGUCCACGGCACACUGGUGUCAUGGUGGGAAUGGGUCAAAAGGAUGCCUAUGUUGGAGAUGAGGCACAGUCCAAAAGGGGUAUUUUAACCUUGAAGUACCCCAUUGAACAUGGUAUUGUCAGCAAUUGGGAUGACAUGGAAAAAAUUUGGCAUCAUACCUUCUACAAUGAGCUUCGUGUCGCUCCAGAAGAACAUCCGGUUCUUCUUACAGAAGCCCCUCUUAAUCCCAAGGCUAACAGAGAGAAGAUGACUCAGAUUAUGUUUGAGACCUUCAAUGUUCCAGCCAUGUAUGUUGCCAUCCAAGCUGUGCUUUCCCUUUAUGCUAGUGGUCGAACCACAGGCAUUGUGUUGGAUUCUGGUGAUGGUGUCAGCCACACAGUUCCUAUCUAUGAAGGCUAUGCACUACCACAUGCGAUUCUCAGGCUUGACCUUGCUGGUAGGGAUUUGACUGAUGCCCUCAUGAAAAUCCUCACAGAGAGGGGUUACUCAUUCACAACAACAGCAGAACGGGAAAUUGUUCGAGAUAUCAAGGAGAAGCUUGCUUAUGUAGCCCUGGACUAUGAACAGGAGCUCGAGAUUGCCAAGAGCAGCUCCUCAAUUGAGAAGAACUAUGAGCUUCCAGAUGGCCAAAUCAUCACAAUUGGUGCUGAGAGGUUCAGAUGUGCAGAGGUGCUUUUCCAGCCAUCUCUCAUAGGUAUGGAGGCUGCUGGUAUCCAUGAGACUACAUAUAACUCUAUCAUGAAGUGUGAUGUAGAUAUCAGAAAGGACUUGUAUGGAAACAUUGUGCUUAGUGGUGGAUCCACCAUGUUCGCUGGCAUUGCUGAUCGUAUGAGUAAGGAGAUCUCUGCUCUUGCACCUAGCAGCAUGAAAAUUAAAGUGGUGGCUCCUCCUGAAAGGAAGUACAGUGUCUGGAUUGGAGGAUCUAUAUUGGCUUCCUUGAGCACAUUCCAGCAGAUGUGGAUAUCUAAGGCCGAAUAUGAUGAAUCUGGUCCAGCUAUCGUGCAUAGGAAGUGCUUCUAAAGUUUGCUAUGUUGGUAUUUUGGUACGGUAUUUAGAUAUCUCAUGGUAUUUGACGCCUUGUGUGUGGAAGCUUGUUUUGUAGCUCUUUUUGCAUGAGUUUUUAUGAUGUUUCCUUCUCUCAGAUAUUUUUUUCUACAGAACAUAUGUGAUGUGGUUUGUAUGUGUAUGAUUUGUAGUCUGGAUUGAGUUGUAGCAAAUUUAUCCUUUUUACACCAACUUUGCUAUUAUGCUGCACAAGACAGUUUUAUGCGUUGAGGUCUUAAAGUUUCUGAAGAAUGUGUUUGAUAUGAAUUAUGUUUUUGAGAA